UCAAAAAUAAUUCUCAAAAAUUUAAUUAGAUUCAUGUUUGCAAAACUAGCCGGUAAUCGAUUAGAAUUAGUAACAAAAUUUCAGUUGGGAAAAUUCUAAAUGUAAACGUUGUUGUGUCGUAGACAAUAAUGGCACGUCAGCGUGAAAAUAAAGGGGGCAAUAACUCCACUGACAAAUCAGCAAAACAACAAAAAACCAAUAAACAAACAAAUGAAAAUGCUGAAUCAACGAAAUCUAACAAUAGUUCAGGCAGUAGAGCAAGUACAACUACAAAUAGCACUACUUCGUCGCAUGCCGCUAUGGAAAAGCCUAAAACUAAACAUUCAGCUCAUCCUAAAAAAGCAACAUUCGAAGAAUCUAAAUCAAAGUUUGUGCUAAACAAAUGGAAAACUUUGGCAGGUUGUAUUUGUAUGGCAGUGGCCGUGUAUUUUGGUUAUCAGGGCUAUUUGGAGACUAGGGUAAAUACGCCGUUCGAUAAUCAAAAAAUGGUCAUCCGAGCCGGCUUAGACGAUCCGGAACGUUAUUGGGGUUCCUAUAGACCAUUAAACUAUUUCGGCAUGAAAACUCGAGAUCCCCAUUCCUUAGUCAUGGGUUUGAUGUGGUAUACACCUUCUAAUUUGGGCCACGGUGGUAAGGGUAUACGUCACUGGUGCGAUAUGGGCGAUAAUCUUGACAAGUAUGGUUGGACUCAUCAUGAUGGUCGCACUUUCGGUGUACAAGAAAUUCAUGACUUGCCAUUCGAACUGAAAACCUCGUUUGUAAAAUAUCCAAGUGGCAAACAAUUUGGUGGAGAUUGGACUGCCAGAAUAUCUGUAAAGAAUACUACCAGAGCCUGGGAUAAAUCGAUAUCGUUAAUAUGGUAUGUGGCAUUGGAUGAGCGCACAAAUGGCCACAUUAAAUAUGUCUCGGAUGAAAAAAGUCCGGAGCCAGGUGUCUAUGGUGAAACAUUAGGAUUGGGAGAAUUUCAGCUAAGAUUUCAUCCCGUCAAAGGCCGCAUUCUACAUAAAUCCUACUUGAGUACAGUAGCGCAGUCUAUAAGCAAACUCAAAGAAACCGUGUUUACACAUUUCAGAGCAUUUACAGACAAACGAGGUCAUCGCUAUAUAGGACUGCCGGGUGAAAUGAUAUCGCACAAUGGCAAUUUAGCUUUAGAUCCCAAUUUUAUAGCCAUACAAAUUACCGCAGAAGUAGAUUUUACAAUGGACAUUACCUAUCAGUCGACUUCGGGUUUCUCCGUUGGUGAAUUGAUACCUAAACCUCCUACUGGCCGAGAAUAUACCGACUCUUUACAAGCCCAUUUAGCUGAGUACGAUAAACGCUUCGAGGAUACUUUCCAUUUGAAGUCAAAAGGCUUCUCAAAUGAUGAAAUCAAAUUUGCCAAAUAUGCAAUGAGUAACAUGUUGGGUGGUAUUGGCUAUUUUUAUGGAUCCAGUAAGGUACAAUCCGUUUACACUACUAAUCCUGUGCCGUAUUGGAAAUCUGCAUUAUAUACGGCUGUGCCGUCACGUUCCUUCUUUCCCAGAGGUUUUCUUUGGGAUGAAGGCUUCCAUGGCCUGUUAAUCUCAUCAUGGGAUAUUGACAUUGAAUUGGAUAUUAUAAGUCAUUGGUUUGAUUUGCUAAAUAUUGAGGGUUGGAUACCCAGAGAACAAAUACUGGGUGUUGAAGCCCUAGACAAGGUACCCGCUGAGUUUGUUAUACAGCAUAAUUCGAAUGCCAACCCGCCCACAUUUUUGCUAACACUAAAGAAGAUAUUGAAACAUCACAAACAGGAAUUAUCCCUUAAAGGUAGAUUAGAUACAUUGGAACGUAUUUAUCCACGUCUGCAAGCCUGGUUUUCAUGGUACAAUUCUACACAAAGAGGCGAUUUGGCGGGCACAUAUCAAUGGCGUGGACGCGAUGCUAACACAGAACGUGAAUUAAAUCCUAAAACACUUACCUCGGGCCUUGAUGAUUUUCCCCGAGCUUCGCAUCCCACAAAGAAGGAACGUCAUAUUGACAUUAGGUGUUGGAUGGCCUUUGCCUCAAGUGUUAUGUAUGAACUGUCCACAAUAUUGCGUAAGGAAGAUCAUAAAUACUAUGAAACUGCUGCCUAUUUAAAAGAUAAUGAAGUUUUAAAUGAACAACAUUUAAGUCCCUAUACGGAAACCUAUGCUGAUUGGGGCCUGCAUACCGAUUCCGUGGUACUCAAAAGACCCCAACUGACUCAGAAAAAUGUGCAACGCGGCCAUCAGCACCAGCAGCAAUUGGAAAUGGUGAGAGUGACUCUGAAGCAACCAGACUAUAAAUUUGUAGACACAACAUUUGGCUACGUCAACAUCUUUCCUUUCCUAUUGGAGAUUCUAGAUCAUGAAUCACCCUAUUUGGGCAAACUACUGAACGACAUAAGGGACCCGCAGAAAUUGUGGACGCCUUAUGGUCUGCGCUCCCUUUCGAAAUCAUCUCCCUUGUACUUGAAACGUAAUACCGAACAUGAUCCUCCAUAUUGGAGGGGUCCCAUCUGGAUCAAUAUCAACUAUUUGGCUGUUAAAGCUUUGCGUCACUAUGGCAUGAUUGAGGGUCCGUAUGCAGCAUUGGCCCGUGAUAUUUAUGCCGAAUUGAGAGAAAAUUUAAUCAACAACAUUUUCAAAGAAUUCCGACGCACCGGUUAUUUGUGGGAGCAAUACGAUGACACAAGUGGCCAGGGCAAGGGUUGCUACCCAUUUACCGGCUGGAGUUCUUUGGUUGUACUUAUCAUGUCUGAACAAUAUUAAACGUAAUACAUACUACAAAUUAAGUUACAAAUUAGGAAAAUUGUAAUGCAUGUUAUUGACAAAACAAACGUUUUAGUUUAUAAGCCAAAAUUAUACUGAAAAACAGCAGUUUUUUAAAAAAAAAAAAAAAAAAAUAUUGAACGAUAACAUACUUGCAUAAUUUAGUAAAUUUAUUUAAAUAAUUUUAAUGGAACUGUCGUAAACUAUAUAAUAAUGUUCUUUGUAGUUAAAUUGAUUAAUAAAAACCCAUGAAUUAAA